AUUCGAUGUGACGGGGAAUCUUGAAAAAUUUUGGUAACUAAACAAGGCCAUCGUUACCCCACGGUGUCACAUGGCGCUCCAUUAAUAUAUAGCACCACGCCACGCCACCAAGCUCAUCCUCCUCCCCGCUCCAAGCUCCGAGAACGCAACACACAGCUCACUGUACCCGAGCUCGUGGUAGUCUCGGCUAGCUAGCGUUUCUGCGUGUGUGUGCGCGCGCGCCCAAGCACGUACUCCACGCGCGCAGCAAGCUGCAUCCGGCCAACCAUGUCGGGCACGGGCAGCAGGUCGUCCAGGAGGGGGAGGGGCAGCAGCUUCACGCUGCGGCAGCCGCCGGUGGUGGACAUCGGCUGCAACUGCCGCCGCCCCAAGCUGCUCUCCUACGUCUUCUCCUCGUCGUCGUCCCUGUUCCGUGGCGGGGGCAAGCCCAAGUCCCCCAACGCCUCCUCCACCUCCACCACCACGGCGUUCACGGCCACCACCGCGGGCGGUCGCAGCGGCACGACGGCCACUUCCACCGACUCCUCCUCGUGGGGCCCCGCCUCGUUCGUCGCCACCAACUCGCUGUACGAGGAGCCGGUGGCCGUGGCGGUGGCGCCGCUGCAGCAGGAGCAGCAGGAGGCGAGGCGGCGGCGGAGGCAGCAGCAGCACCGCCGGCGCCGCAGCAGGCGUGCAGCACCGCCCGCGCGCCACGGCGUGGAGGAGGAGGAGGAGGAGGAGGAGGAGUACGGGCGGCGUGUGGCGCGCGAGAGCGUGGCGGUGGCGGUGGACUCGGCGGAGCCGUACGAGGACUUCCGCGAGUCCAUGGUGCAGAUGGUGGUGGAGAAGGAGAUCUACGCGUGGGACGACCUCAACGACCUCCUCCACCAGUUCCUCUCCCUCAACUCGCCGCGCCACCACCCGCUCAUCCUCCACGCCUUCGCCGACCUCUGGACCCGCAACGGCCUCUUCUGCCCGCCGUCUCCCUGCCAGUUCUAGGCAGGCAGAACUGUGCUGCUCGCCGUCCAACACGGCCGCCGGCGCCACGCCAUGCACGUACGCAAAGCUUGCAUACUGUAUUAACCACUAGCUAGCUAGUCUUUGUCUCUUGUCCUACUGGCUGCUACUACUACCACCCCCAAAAAAAAUUUAUUUCUACCUUUAACGAAGCACGCAGCUCGCGCGAGACCGAGACGCUAUUAACCGAGGUCCCGGCCGGCGAGCUGCAUCUUGCAUAGUUGCAUGAAUUAGUGCCAAGGUCUUGAGCUUAAUUAAGGUGAGCGCAGAGAAGGCUAUGCAAGAUUAUUAUUUAGCUGCUGAUACUGCUCCUGCUUUGUAAUCUUCAACUACUGUAACACCAUGCCGUUGUAAUGUAGUCCACGUACGUACUACGUGCUACUAAUGAUGUGUGCGUGUGGCGCCAACACCGGCCGGGAGUGCAAUGAUACGCUGGUGUCGCUCGAGUGUGAUCCUACUGUACUGUGUCACUGUGUGGUUUGUGUGUACUGACACUGGAGCUUUAGUACUGUAACGCUGCUGCUUUUGUUGCGACUCGAGUGCUUA